GGUUUCCGGACACUUUUCCAGCGAUUUUUCACCACGAACGAGCUAAAAUCCGUCCGGAGAUCGAUCCCGUCGAAAACCAGACCGAAAUCCGAUGAAAACAUCCGCCGAUCGGUGUAGCGUCCUUUGCUCCAUCCUGCGGCGUACGAAUACGGCAUCGGUAUUUUUCAUGGAAGUCCGACCGUCGGCCAGUUCCAAAUAAUCCGUCGCGUCGCGAGCUUCGUGCCGUCGUCCGAGCCGCAUUUACAUUUCAUUAUUGAUAAGUAUAUUAUAUUAGUAAUAGAAUAAAAUAUAAAUAAUUAUUUUUUUUCCGCGACCGACUCCGUGUGUGGUGUGCGCGUUCGCGCGUGUGUGUUUACUCGUGUUUACCGUAAAAUUAAUAUUUCCGUUCCGUCGUCGAUCGAUUGUGUCUAUUUUAAUUAUUCAUAUACGGAAUGAAAUAAGUGCGCGCGAGAGACGGUCAUCAUGACGUGCUGCGUCGAGUUUGGUUAAAUAUCAUCGGAUUAUUAUUUUUUUUUUUUUAUACUUAUUAAUAUUAAUUAUUUUUCUCGUAUUGGUGCGCCGAUUACGACGUUAUUUGACUAAGUAAUACGACGAAUCAUGAAGAGAAGAAACCCAUGUCGGAUUUUUGUCAGUACGUGCAUUUUGUUAGCGUUCUGGACGCUAGUCGCGAGACCCGAUGGAGCGUCAGGGUCCACCGGGAUCGUGUCAUGCUCGCCUAAUCCAUGUCUCCAUGGAGGUUCUUGCUACAUGAAAAAGACCGGAGAAUACGCUUGCAACUGUACCGGAUUAUUCGUCGGACCGUACUGCCAAUGGAAGAACCCGUGCCAUACCGGACCCGUGCCCAGGUGCCAAAAUGGAGGGACUUGCGCGGUCACUGAACAGUCACCGCACUCUCAGCCAGGCUUCUCGUGCCACUGUCCGCUGGGAUUCACCGCGUCCCUGUGCGAGAUACCCAUAUCGAACGCGUGCGACGCGAAACCGUGUCAGAACGGUGGCACGUGUUGGCUGCACAACAUCAAAGAACAUCGCUGUAACUGCGCCCCCGGAUUCACAGGACCUAAUUGCGAAUUGGAGGAUCAUUGUGCUUCGGGACCGUGCAAGAACGGAGCCGAAUGCACUUCCAAAGAUGAUUCGUACGAAUGCACUUGUGCUCCUGGAUUCACGGGGCCCACGUGCUCCGAAGACAUCGAGGAAUGUUCGACCACCGCGCCCUGCGUACACGGGCAAUGCAUCAACACACAUGGAUCGUACGCGUGCAUUUGCGAACCCGGUUACACGGGCAAAAAUUGCGGGAUGGUGUACGUCCCGUGCCAUCCGUCGCCGUGCAUGAACAACGGCAGGUGUAUGCAGAUCGACAAUCUCAAUUACGAGUGCAAGUGCAAGUCAGGUUUCCGCGGCAAAAACUGCGAGGAGAACAUCGACGACUGCAUACCGCAUGCUUGUCUUAACGGCGGCGCGUGCGUGGACGGCGUGAACAGUUACACGUGCUCUUGUCCGCCCCAGUGGACGGGCGAGUCGUGCGAGAUGGACGUGGACGAGUGCGCCAUGCGGCCGAGCGUUUGUCACAACGGCGCGACGUGCACCAACUCGCUGGGCUCGUACAAUUGCAUUUGCGUGAAUGGCUGGACUGGGCAGGAUUGUUCGGUAAACAUCGACGAUUGCGCCGGGGCCGCUUGUUUCAACGGGGCCACGUGCAUCGAUCGGGUGGGCAGCUUCCAUUGUCAGUGCACGCACGGCAAGACCGGUUUGCUGUGUCAUCUGGACGACGCGUGCACGUCUAAUCCGUGCCACGCCGACGCUAUAUGCGACACAAGUCCGAUCAACGGGUCGUACACUUGCUCGUGUGCGUCUGGCUACAAAGGAGUCGAUUGUUCCGAAGACAUCAACGAAUGUGAACAAGGAUCGCCGUGCGAGCACGACGGAGUUUGCGUCAACACGCCCGGAUCAUUUGCUUGCAAUUGCCCGCAGGGGUUCACGGGGCCUCGAUGCGAGACCAACGUGAACGAGUGUGACUCACAUCCGUGCAAGAACGAAGGGUCCUGUUUAGAUGACCCUGGAACAUUCCGAUGCGUGUGCAUGCCAGGGUUUGCGGGUACGCAAUGUGAAAUCGACGUAGACGAAUGCGAAGCGGACCCGUGCGAGAACGGCGGCGUGUGCACGGACAUGAUCAAUGGAUAUAAAUGCUCGUGCCCGGCAGGGUUCUCGGGACCUCGGUGUCAGACCAACAUUGAUGACUGCGUGAGCAGUCCGUGCCAUCAUGGCGGCAUAUGUCACGACUCGAUCGCCGGUUACCAGUGCGAGUGUUCCCCGGGCUUUACGGGUUUCAAUUGCGAGCACAACAUCAACGACUGCUUGUCGAAUCCGUGUAAGCACGGCGAAUGCAUUGACGGCCAGAACUCGUUCACUUGUUCCUGCCAUCCUGGCUACACAGGACUGUUGUGUGAAGACCAGUUAGAUGAGUGUGCUUCUGCACCCUGCCAGCACGGCGGGACGUGCGAGGAUUUGAUUAAUGGAUAUCAGUGCCGCUGUCGAGCCGGCACGUCCGGUUCGAACUGCGAGAUAAACAUUAAUGAAUGUGUGUCCAACCCUUGUCGAAACGGAGCAAAGUGUAUCGACGGAAUCAACAAGUAUUCGUGCGAUUGCCUUGCCGGGUUCACUGGCUUGCACUGCGAGAUGAACGUAGACGAAUGUGCUAGUAGCCCUUGCGCCAAUGGCGGAAGCUGUGUGGAUCUGGUUGCCGGUUGGCGGUGUGAAUGCCCACGUGGUUAUUAUGGACCCCGUUGUUUGUCCGAUAUCGAUGAAUGCGCCAGCAACCCUUGCUCUUUGAACGCUUUGCGCUGCGAAGACGGCCUAAAUCAAUUCAUUUGUCACUGCAGGCCGGGUUACACCGGCAAACGUUGUGAGAUCGAUAUAGACGAGUGCAGUUCGAACCCGUGUCAACACGGUGGUGUGUGUACGGACCGCGUUAAUGGUUAUACUUGCCAAUGCAAGCCCGGAUAUUCUGGACACAACUGUAACGUUAACAUUGAUGAUUGUGCCAUAAAUCCAUGCAAAAAUGGAGGAUCUUGUAUUGACUUGGUGAACGCUUACAAAUGUGUCUGUCAACUCCCGUUCACUGGUUCUGAAUGCCAAAGCCGAUUGGAUCCUUGCACGCCAAACAGGUGCCGUAACGGGGCAAAGUGUUCGCCGUCUAGCAACUUUUUAGACUUUGCGUGUGAAUGCUCGAUCGGUUGGAAAGGUCGGUUAUGCAACGAAGACGUGGACGAGUGUGCACUGACUGCGCCUUGUCGAAACGGUGCCACUUGUCAGAAUACCGAUGGGUCUUAUAAAUGCGCAUGCGCUCCUGGAUUCCAGGGCCGUGAUUGUGUAAUUAAUACUGACGAAUGCGCUUCUUCACCUUGCCAAAAUGGAGCCACAUGCCUUGAUGGCAUCGGUGAUUAUACUUGUAUGUGUUCAGAUGGUUUUUCUGGUCGUCACUGUGAAGUGGAUGUCGAUGAGUGUGUAUCGCAACCUUGUUUAAACGGAGCUACUUGCAAACAAUACGUGAAUUCGUAUACUUGCACGUGUCCUAUUGGAUUUUCUGGCAUGCACUGUCAAACUAAUGAUCAAGACUGCACUGAUUCAUCCUGUAUGAAUGGUGCUACUUGUGUGGAUGGUAUUAACAACUACACUUGCAUAUGCCCGGCUGGGUAUACCGGAUUAAAUUGUCAGACUAGAAUAAACGAAUGUGAUUCGUCACCUUGCGAGAACAGUGGUACUUGUCUCGAUCACGGCAAAUACUAUACAUGUCACUGUGCAUACGGCUACACUGGUAAGAACUGCGAAUUGCUGGUAGACUGGUGUAAUGGUGGUGGAGGUAUACCACAACCCUGUGAAAACGGAGCGACGUGCAAACAAAUGCAAAACUUGUACCAAUGUUUGUGCCAACCCGGUUGGACAGGCAAAGUAUGUGACGUAGAAAUGGUGUCUUGUAAUGAUGCAGCUCUUCGUAAAGGAGUUCGACGCGACGCUCUAUGCCAUAAUGGUGGUGUUUGUGAAGAUAUUGGUAACAGUCAUAGGUGCCAUUGUGCUGACGGUUAUUCUGGAAGCUACUGCACAAAAGAAAUUAAUGAAUGCGAUUCGGCGCCUUGUCAAAACGGAGCUACAUGCAGAGAUUUAGUUGCGGGAUACUCAUGUCAGUGCCCGCGUGGCUUCCAAGGACAAAACUGCGAAUUGAACGUUGACGAUUGUCACCCCAAUCCUUGCCAAAACGGUGGAACUUGCCGUGAUUUAGUCAAUAGCUUUAGUUGCUCGUGCCCACCUGGCACACUUGGUAUUAUUUGCGAUAUUAACAUCGAUGACUGCUCAGCAGAUGCUUGCCAUAAUAAUGGUACUUGUAUUGAUCGGGUUGGAGGUUUUGACUGUCGUUGUCCGGCUGGUUUCGUUGGACACAGGUGUGAAGGCGACAUUAAUGAAUGUUUAUCUAAUCCAUGCGAUCCAUAUGGAACUUUGGACUGUGUACAGUUAGUUAACAAUUUCCAUUGUAAUUGUCGUGCUGGUUAUAUGGGCAGACAUUGUGAAACAAAGGUUAACUUCUGCGAAAGCAGCCCGUGCCAGAACGGCGGUGUAUGCUCUCAAGUGGAAGGUGGCCAUACUUGCGUGUGUCCAAAAGAAUACUCUGGUAGAAAUUGCGAGUUUUUCGGCGUAGAUUGUGACUCGAGUCCUUGCCAAGGCGACGGUUUAUGUCAUUCAUUGGAACAUGGUGGAUAUCAAUGUGAAUGUCCACCAGGUACGGCAGGUAUUCAUUGUGAAAUUGAUAGUUACAACGAAUGUGAAAGUAAUCCGUGUGAACACGAUGGUCCGUGUCAAAAUAAACUUGGAGAUUACGCAUGUUUCUGUCCACAAUAUUGGUCCGGAAAGAACUGUAACAUUUAUGAUUCCAAAUUCAAAGGCGGUCUUGGAAAAUUCUUAUCUAAAGGCAUGCCAAAAAAAGAUUAUGACUGGGAAAGAGAGCUGGCUACUUGUGUAACAAACGGAUGUGCUGCCAAAUCCCAAGACAACAGGUGUCACCAAGAAUGUAAUACAGCUGCAUGUGACUUUGAUGGAGGUGAUUGUUCACUCGGAUUAAAUCCUUGGAGAAAUUGUACAGCAACCAAAAACUGUUGGCAAGUUUUCGCUGAUGGACGUUGCGACAUGGAAUGUAAUACACCUGAAUGUCUAUAUGAUGGAAGAGAUUGUGAAAGAACUCUUUUACCUUGCAAUCCAAUUUAUGACGCAUAUUGUCAAAGUCAUUAUGCAAAUGGAUACUGUGAUUAUGGAUGCAAUAAUGCUGAAUGUAAUUGGGACGGUAUGGAUUGUGAAAGAGAACCACCUAAAUUGGCUGAAGGUGCUAUUCGUAUAAUUCUUAGGAUGGACUAUCAUCAACUAUUAUCUAACUUAACUUCAUUUUUGCGAGAUGUUGGCCGAGAGCUGCGAGCUACUGUACGAGUAAAAUUAGAUGAUUUAUCUAACAAACAAAUGAUAUUCCCUGCUGAAAAUCCACCGGGAGCUGUUGUGAUUUAUUUAGAAAUUGAUAAUAGAAAAUGUGAGAUAACUAGAGAUGUUGAAUGUUUUUCCAGUGCAACAGGGGCUGCUGGAUUUUUGGCUGCUUCUGCUGCUAGUCACGCUCUUUCUACUUCAUUCCCUAUCUACAGAGCUGAAGGUGUUGGUCCCGGGAGUCAAAUACCUACAGAACAACCAAGAAGCAGUACAGCGUUGGUAUUGACUGGAAUGUUUUUGAUAUUAGUGGUUGGUCUUAGUCUUGGAGUAUUGAUAUCAACCCAUCGGAAAAAGGCUGCCGGUAUAACAUGGUUCCCAGAAGGAUUCUUACGCACUGGCAGUAAUAACAGUAGAACCAGUACUCAAAGACGAGUGCCUGAUGGCCAGGAACUUCGUACGAUGAAACAGAAUAAUAUGACGUUAAGCUGUGUGGAUAUGAGCAGUGGUGUGAUGACAAUAGGAAGAGGUGCUGGCGCUUGGUCAGAUGAGGAUGCCGAAGGUGAUAUGCCACCCGCAAAAAGACAUAGACCAGCUCCGAUAUCAUCACAGCCUUUAGAUAAUCCGUACGAUGACGUUUGGAGUCAUUGUAACCUCAACUCUAAUGACAAUAAAGCUACUGUUAUGUAUACACCGCCAUCAAGGGAAACCGAAGUGAAUGAAAGACUUCCUGGUGGAUUAACUAGACUGAUGGACGUAACAGUCGCAGGUGGUGCUGGUUUGGAUACGAGUAUUGAUAACGAAGAAGAAGAAGGACAAGAUGCAACAACCAAUAUGAUAUCAGAAUUAGUCUCACAAGGUGCUGAAUUGAACGCUACACUCGAAAAAACUGGAGAAACUUCGUUGCAUUUGGCUGCGAGAUACGCUAGAGCAGAUGCAGCUAAACGUCUGUUAGAUAUGGGUGCUGAUGUUAAUUUCCAAGACAACACUGGUCGUACGCCACUACAUGCCGCGGUAGCUGCUGAUGCUAUGGGUGCAUUCCAAAUCUUACUGAGAAACCGAUCAACAAAUCUAAACGCAAGAAUGCACGACGGGACGACACCGUUGAUUCUAGCGGCUAGGCUGGCCAUCGAAGGAAUGGUGGAGGAUCUAAUUCAUGCUGACGCUGAUAUCAACAUACCCGAUAACAGCGGAAAGACGGCGUUACACUGGGCUGCAUCGGUAAACAAUGUUGACGCGGUAAACAUAUUGCUGGCCAAUAACGCCAACAAAGACGCCCAGGAUGACAAGGACGAAACGCCGUUGUUCUUGGCCGCGAGAGAAGGCAGUUUUGAAGCGUGCAAAGCGCUGUUGGACAAUUUCGCCAACCGAGAGAUCGCCGAUCACAUGGAACGGUUACCGCGAGACGUGGCCAGUGAGCGGUUGCACCACGAUAUCGUGAGACUGCUGGACUCGCACGUGGCGCACCCCAAUGCGCAGGCCAUGGUGGCGGUCAACAACAACUUCAUGAGUAAGUCGCAGAGAAGUCGGGUGGCCCGACCGUUGGUACCUCUGCCCAAGAACACGCAGUCGACGGCGGCGGCGGCGGACAUUGACCUUGGGAUGUGUUUGUUCACAGACUCGCCGCACAACAUUAUGUCCGCCCACUCCAACAUCAACAUACCCGGUCUGAAGUUGAACGGCGGCGGCGGCAGCGGCGGCUCGAUAAAGGGUAAAAAGAGGCCAAAACCGUCGAACCCAACCAGCCCGGCCGACUCCAUCGACUCGAACGUGUCGCUGAAGCGGAAGAACAGCGUGAAGAAACCGCCGCCUCCUCUGCCGCCGUCCGCGGCCAUGUCGUCCACCGCAGCCGCGCCGAGCAACAAGAAACCGUUCGGGUUGGACGUGACGUGCGCCGGCGGUGCCAGCAACAUGGAUCUGAUGGCGUUGGAUGUGUCCAGACUGUACGGCGGCGCCGGUCUUCCGCAGCAACCACCCGCCUACGAGGAAUGUCUGUCGCAAUUGCCCGCCGGUUCCCAAAGGCCGAUGGCAAACUACGGGGCGGCCAUGCACCACCAACAGCAGCAACAUCAGCAACAGCAGCAGCAGCAUCAGCAACAGCAGCAGCAGCAGCAAUCCGACUACCGGGCCAUCCAUCAGCAGCUGUUGAGCAUGCAGCCGUCGUUCCAGGAACCGUCGCCGCCGCACAGCGUGGUCAUGUCACCGUCGCCGGGCAAGACGCGACCGUCACUGCCCACGUCGCCCACGCAUAUGCAGGCCCUCCGGCACGCCACCAUGCAGGCCGUCGACCCGUUCAGUCAGUUCCACCACUUCUACGGCAGCGCCCAACAAACUCCGCAAUCGCUACAGCAGCCGCAGUCGCAGCACGCGCAGCAGUAUCUGACGCCACCGUCGGACGCGGCACCGGAGAGUUUCCCGACGCCAUCGCCCGACUCGCCGUGGCACUGGUCCUCGUCGUCGCCCAACUCCAAUUCCGACUGGUCCGAGGGCAUAUCGUCACCACCCAACAACAACAACAACAAUAACAAUAACGGACACCCGAACAAAGUGUCUGACGCCGUCUACAUUUAGAAUAAUAAUAAUAAUAGUAAUAAUAAUAAUAACAAAAAGCGGCUGUGCCGCCGCCCGCCGGUUAUGCGUUUGACUCUGUUGCCUUCCAAACGUAAUCCAAAUGAAACACCGUUUUUCACGGUUUUAUUUUAUUUUUAUUUUCUUUCACUCGCAACAACGGUGCCAUUGUUAACAAUUUUAGCCUGACCACCGUCAUUUGCAUUACCACCAGCACAUUAGCCUAUGAUUAUUAUAUUAUUGUUGUUUUAAUUUUUUGAAUGUUUUGUGUACAAAACCCAAUCUCUUUCUUUCUCUUAGUGUACAUACGUAAAUUUUAAAAUUACAGAUUUUAUUUAUAUACCUAUAUAUAUAUAAAUAUAUGCAUUUAUAUAUUUUUAUCGCUUUCAUGUACAUUUUUAUUUUUACUACUAUUAUUGUCAUCGAAUACCAUUUUCUCCCCACCAAUUAUUUGUAUACCAUGAUUGUCAUGGUAUCUACCAAUCUUUAUUAUUU